GCUAAAAUGUAUACAAAAUACCAAGAGGCUGUUGAUGCUUUGCGACAUGAACAGCUAGGAAGAAAGGAGGCUGAGUCAAUACUGCAACGGGUCCUCUGUGAAUUAGAAGAGAAAGCCGCAGUCAUUUUGGAUGAAAGAGCGGAGUAUGAGAGAAUGGUUGAGGCAUACUCCACAAUAAACCAGAAAUUGCAGAGUUCCCUAUCUGAGCAGCUGAAUCUCGAGAAAACCAUUCAGGGAUUGAAGGUUGAAUUGAAGAGGCGUGAGCGUGACUAUAAUCUGGCUCAGAAAGAGAUUUCAGACCUUCAGAAGCAGGUGACCAUUCUCCUCAAGGAAUGCCGUGAUAUACAACUACGUUGUGGAUCAACUGGACCUGAUGCUGCUGAUGAAUAUGCACUUGUUGGUGCUGAUGCAGCUGAGAUCAAUGUGGAAUCUGAUGCCGAAAGAGUUAUCUCACAACAACUACUGAAGUUUAAGGAUAUAAAUGGUUUAGUGGAACAGAAUGUCCAACUAAGGAGCCUUGUGCGUAAUCUUUCUGACCAGAUUGAAAAUAAAGAGAUGGAGUUCAAGGAAAAGUUGGAAAUGGAGAUCAGAAAACAAACUGAUGAUGCUGCCUCUAAAGUUGCGGCAGUGUUGCAGAGAGCUGAAGAGCAAGGGCGCAUGAUUGAAUCACUUCAUGCCUCUGUUUCAAUGUACAAAAAGUUGUAUGAAGAGGAACAUAAGCUACGCUCAUCUUACACCUCUUCUGCAGAUAUGGUCCCAGAUACAGGUAGGAAGGAUCUCCUACUUCUUCUUGAAGGUUCACAGGAAGCAAGUAAGAAGGCACAAGAAAAAACUGUUGAACGAAUAAGAUGUCUUGAAGAGGAUCUGGCUAAGGCCAGGAGUGAUAUUAUACUACUGAGAUCUGAGCGUGACAAGCUGGCUCUAGAAACCAAUUUUGCAAGAGAGAAACUUGAUAGUGUCAUGAAAGAAGCUGAACAUCAGAAGGGUGAAAUGAAUGGCGUUCUAGCUAGAAAUGUAGAGUUCUCUCAGUUGAUUGUUGACUACCAGAAAAAGCUACGUGAAAGUUCAGAAUCUUUGAAUGCUGCUGAGGAGCUUUCUCGGAAGUUGACAAUGGAGGUGUCUCUAUUGAGGUUUGAAAAAGAGGUGCUAUCAAAUGCUGAGAAGCGAGCCUGUGAUGAAGUUCGUAGUUUAUCAGAGAGAGUUCAUCGCCUGCAGGCUAGUUUGGACACUAUUCAAAGUACAGAAGAAGUUCGUGAGGAAGCAAGAGCUGCAGGGAAUAAAAAACAGGAGGAUUAUGUGAAGCAAGUUGAGAGAGAAUGGGCUGAAGCUAAGAAGCAACUUCAGGAAGAGAGGGAUGUGGUUCGAACUCUCACAUCCAACAGAGAACAGACAUUGAAAGAUGCCAUGAAGCAAGUUGAAGAAAUGGGAAAAGAAUUAACUAAUACUUUGCAUGCUUGUACAGCUGCUGAGGCCAGAGCUGCUGUUGCUGAGGCCAGACUUUCUGAUCUGGAGAAACAGAUUAAAUCUUCUGAUAUGAAGGUUAUGGAGACUGAUGAUGGUAGCCAGCCAACCUCUUCAACUAGUGAGGUUGUUGUUCAAUUGAGGAUGGCCAAGGAAGAGAUUCAGAGAUUGAAGGAAGAGGCAGAAACUAACAAGCAUCACAUGCUACAGUAUAAGAGCAUAGCCCAGGUGAAUGAGGAUGCAUUGAGGCAGAUGGAACUUGCGCAUGAAAACUUCAAGAUUGAGGCAGAAAAGUUAAAGAAAUCUCUAGAAGCUGAGCUUGUUUCACUCAGAGAGAGAGUAUCUGAACUUGAGAAUGAAUCUUGCUUGAAGUCUCAGGAAGUAGCAUCUGCAGCUGCAGGAAAGGAAGAGGCUCUUUCAUCUGCUGUCGCAGAAAUGUCAAGUUUGAAGGAAGAAAAUUUGGCCAAAUCUUCUCAAAUUGAGGUGAUGGAAAUCCAAAUAUCUGCUUUGAAAGAGGACCUGGAGAAGGAGCAUGAAAAGUGGCGUGUGGCUCAAGCCAAUUAUGAAAGACAGGUUAUUCUGCAGUCAGAGACUAUUCAAGAAUUGACAAAGACAUCACAGACGUUGUCUUCUCUCCAGCAAGAGGCAUCUGAGUUGCGUAAAUUGGCUGAUGCACAGAAAAGGGAAAAUGCUGAACUUAAGGCUAAGUGGGAGUCAGAGAAAUCAAUCCUUGAGGAAACAAGGAAAGAAGCAGAGAAGAAAUAUGAUGAACUAAAUGAGCAGAACAAAAUAUUGCACAGUCGACUUGAAGCUCUACACAUUCAGUUGGCUGAGAAAGAUCGAGGUUCUGCUGGAAUCUCUUCUGGAAGCACUGUUUCUGAUCCAGUUGCUGAUUCUGGUUUGCAGAAUGUCAUUAGUUACCUCCGACGGUCAAAAGAAAUAGCAGAAACAGAAAUCUCUUUGUUAAGGCAGGAGAAGCUCAGAUUGCACGCUCAAGUACGGUUGAAGCUUGAGAGUGCUCUUAAGGCAGCAGAGACUGCCCAGGCCUCACUUCAUGCUGAGCGUGCUAAUUCAAGAGCACUAUUGAUGACAGAGGAAGAGAUCAAGUCUCUACAGCUUCAGGUUAGAGAAAUGAAUUUGCUCCGUGAAAGCAAUGUGCAGCUUAGAGAGGAGAACAAGCACAAUUUCGAGGAGUGUCUGAAAUUGCGUGAAGUAGCUCAAAAGGCUAGGAUUGAGUCAGAAACCCUGGAGAGUCAACUGAGGGAGAGACAAGUUGAGCUUGAAUCAUCCAAAAAAGAAAUUGAAAUGCACCGGACAGAAAAAGAUUUUCUGGAAAAGAGAGUGUCUGAGUUACUUGAGAGAUGUAGAAACAUAGAUGUGGAAGAUUAUGAUCGCCUUAAGAAUACUGUUCAGCAAAUGGAGGAAAAAUUGAAGGAGAAAGAUGUUAAAAUAGAAGAGAUGACGAACCUUCUUUCCAAGAAGCAAGAAACAAUUUCACAAUUUGAACAAGAUCUUGCCAAAAGCAGACUGGAAAUCAGUGAGAGGGAUAAGAGACUGAAUGACAAUUUGCAGUCAGAGGCUAACCUGAAGUCAGACACGGAGAAGCAAAAGAAGAUACUUCUUCAGCAUAAGAGGAGACUUGAGACUUUGUUAAAAGAAAAGGACCAAAUAAGUAAAGAAAAUCAAGCUCUUACCAAGCAGUUGGAGGAGUUGAAACAAGGUAGUAAAAGGUCCAUCAGUAAUACUACUGGUGAUCAGGCUGUGAAGGAGAAAGACACUAGAAUACAGAUUCUGGAAAAAAUUCUAGAGAAGCACAGAGAAGAUUUGAAGAAAGAAAAGGAUGAACAUCAGACUGAGAAAGCAAAUCGCUUGAAGAGUGAACAAGCUAUUUCUGAAAGUGUUCUGAAAGUUGAAAAGGGAAGGACAAUGGUAUUGAGUGAGCUUGAGAAGCAUCAGCAGGCAUUGAAGCAUCUCUCAGAAGAACUGGAAAAGCUCAAACAUGCUGAGGGCAAUCUUUCUGAGGGUACCUCUUUGAUUCAACUUCUUUCUGGAAACAUCUUAGAUGACCAGGCUGCUGCAUAUUUAUCAGCAACAGAAGAUUUUGAAAAAGUUGCUCAUUCCAUUUUGAGUGAGCUUGAGACUGGUGCUGUUAUAUCUGGUGAUGGUUCUUCAAUUGUUGACACAUCCGGAGCUGUCCUUACAGGUUCUAUAGUGCCUGAUCAAGCCCCUGUUGUUGCAUCCUUGGCAGCUCCUGCAGCAAGUCCUCAACUGGCAAAAGCAACAGAAGAGAGAGAAAGGAGAUUACCACCAAAAACAAAUGUUGAAACACGUAAAACAGCAAGGAAGCUGGUCCGCCCUCAUCUUGUUAAAUCCAAAGAACAGGGUGAUGUGGAGAUGUCGGAAUCCUCUCAUGAUGUAGAAACUCAAGGAACCCUCACUCAACCCUCCCAACAACCAAUUCGGAAACGCCCUGCUUCAUUUACUUCUGAGUUGAACCAGGAUUCAACCAUUCAAGUGGAGGCCAGUUCUGACAUGACAGUACCAGCGCAGAAGAAAUCAAAGGGGGAGGAUUCCCCUGCAGAGGCUUCUGAAACCCAAGCUGCUGCUCCUUUAGAAAAUCUUGGUUGUCCGCCAGUAACUGAGGAAUCCUAUGACGCUGGUGGUGAUUUAGUUGAAGGCUUCAACGAGGAAUCCAUUGAGGGUGAGAAGGAAGAAGUUGAGGCUACAGAGGAGAGGGUGGAAGACACGAAAGAACCACAAGUAGAAGGCACAAUUGAAGGUGACUUGCAGGAGAAGAAUAAUGUACUAGAAGAUGCCUUGGAGAAGCCAGGUGGAACCGAAAUGAUUACUGAUGAUGGAUCAAAGAAUCAGUCUGAGCAAGACAACCAGCAUGCCACUCUGGAAGCUGAGAGUGAGAAGGAAGAGGGAGAGCUGGUCUUAGAAGACACAGCAGAUGUAGAAGGUGGAGCUGAUGUGACCAAUAUGAUGGGAAGUCCAGAGAUUGGAGAAGGUCAGGCUGAGCUCAGUUUGACCCCUGUGGCUUCACCUUCCAGGAUUGAUGAUAAAGCUGUUGAUAAUGGAGCAGCAGAAGGCAAUAUUAAUUCUCCAGAGGUUCUAAACGAUGAUAAAACUGAAGAAGGUGAAGUAGCUGAAGAUAUAACUACUGAAGGCUCCGAUAAGUCAAAUGAUGGUAGUGACCAGACUGCAUUGGAAACAGAUCAGAUGCCUGCAGCUCCCUUGAUGACUGGCGGCACUGCUUCAACAAGUAGUGCUGCAGAAGCUGAUAUCUUAAAACCAGUUAGUUCAAGUGGUAUACAAGAAACAGAAGAGGUAAAGCAGGCAUCCCCUGUUAGCACGACCUCGACCUCAACCUCAACCUCAACCUCAACCUCAACCUCAACCGUUGUAAAUCUACAAGAGAGAGCUAGGCAGAGGGCGAUGCUGAGGCAGGCUGGAGUGGUUACUCCUGCACCUAGUAGAGGCCGUGGAAGACAAACACAAGCACGUGGUCGAAGUGGCAUCAGCAGUGGACGUGGACCACGUGUAUGGUCACGUGGACAAAAUUCUGGUCAACAGUGAUUGACUUUGUGAUGCAGCACAGAAGGGUGAUGAAAGGAAUUGUCUGAGCUAUUUGCAGUUUCACUCGGUAGGACCCAUACAUUGUUUUUGCCCAAGGAAAAUGGCAGUUUCCAGGACGGGAUGCAAUGGAGUAGAGGAGUUACUACGGUGAUCUUGUUGAUAUUUUCAUCUAAGCAAAAUUGGCUGGUUUAGACUGGAAAGUAAUGUCUUGAAAUCAUUUCAAUUUACUGGGGUAAUAUUUUGAAAACAAAACUAGCAUAUUUUUUUACCGUCUCAAUAUUUUUGACACUCAAUGGUUGGUUCAACAAAGUAUAUGUUACUAUAGAGGCAUUAAAUCAUGAAUAGUGUU